AUGAUGUUCAAGCGUCAGCGGCCGCAGCCCGAUGACAAUCAGCUAAUUGAGCUUGGCGCGGCCAUGACCUUUUGCUGUUCGGGCGCCAACUGCCCUUCUGACAACGUUGCUCAAAACGCCGUGGACCAGAUGAACUCCUUCUAUAAGAUGUGCAAUAUCCAAUUCAAUCUUCAGAACGUCUCCCAAACCCAAGAUCAACGCUGCCAGGCGGGCUUGCAAGAUAACGCUGCCAUGGACAACCUCAAAUCCCAGGUUCACACAGGCAACACGAGCACCCUCAACAUUGUCUACGUAAAUACCAAUCAGGGCGCUGGCGUCAAAGGCGUCUGCGUUAUUCCACAACCCCAAACCAACAUUGCCCAAGCAGUUGGCAGCAAGGAUGGCUGCGUUGUUGCCACUGACACGCUACCGAAGCACAACGGAGGCAACGAUGCCGAUGGCGGCGGAGGAGCCAAGAAGGGGGCGGGCAGCGGAGCCGCGACUACUUCUACGCACGAAGCGGGACACUGGUUCGGAGAAGUUCACUUUGGGCAGGGCGGUGGCCAAGGGGGUGGCCAGGGCGGCGGCCCCGUUGGUGGCCCUUUUGGCGGCUCCGCUGGUGGUGGGGGCGUAUUUACUAAACGCCAAAAUGCGGGAAACAUCAUGGAGCCCGUCUCGCAACCGGGCAAGCAGUACUCUUUAACCAAGAGCAGUGCAACCGAAUGCGACAGGUUGCUAUGA